AUGAGGACUAGUUGCAAUGGCUGUAGGGUUCUUCGCAAAGGGUGCAGUGAGAACUGCGAAAUCCGACCAUGCAUUGAGUGGAUCAAAUCGCCGGAAUCCCAAGCCAACGCCACUCUUUUCUUGGCCAAAUUCUACGGCCGUGCCGGACUUCUCAACCUCAUAAAUGCCGGAGAACGGCACCAGCGCCCAGGGAUUUUCAAGUCGCUGCUGUACGAGGCAUGCGGAAGGAUUGUGAACCCGACUUUUGGUUCGGUGGGAUUGCUCUCCUCCGGGAACUGGGCCCAAUGCCAGGCUGCUGUCGACGCUGUGCUCGCGGGAUCACCGAUUGUGGAAACCAAUGUGCCAGUGCCACACCUGAACCCUAACCCGGUUCCUCCUGUCAACUCCUGUGACAUACGCCACGUGUCUAAGGACACGAGUAUGGGGAAGAACAAGAACCGGUUCACGAGGUCCAUGACCAGGCCGAAAAUCCAGCUCGACUCGAUCACCGGGGCGGCGGCAGAAUGGAGCGGGGUCAAUCUGCAUGAGUUUGGCCAGAGUUCCAGCGGAGGAGGGGAGAGAAGCAUGCAGUCUUUGGAGUCGGUGGAGGCUCCGUGGGAGAUGAUGCAGAUGAACCGGGGCAAACCGAACCCGGUUGGGAAAGAUGAGAAGGAUGAGGUCGGGUUGGAACUGACACUUGGGUCUGGGUUCGGGAAACUGAACGGAAAACAGUAA